UCAUGCCCUCACCAGCUUCAGUUUCCAUUCCCUCUCUAUCUUGCUCCUCGAUCUCUCUCUAAAAAAUCUCUGCCUUUUUCUUCCUAAAUUGCAGAUCUUCGUUGGUGUUUGUGCAUCUCAAUUGCAUCGCUUUCAUAUAUUUGAAAUAUACAUAUAUAUAGUCACAGUAUAUAUAUUUGAUCUGUUCUUUUCGUUUGGAUCUUAUUGAUUAAUUCUCCUCUCAUGGAGUUUGGGAGAUUUGUUUGGAUUCAGAUCUUGUUCUUUUCGCUGUGUUUGUGUUUGUGUUCAACUACACAAGGAUACAAAUUCUAUGUUGGUGGGAGAGAUGGGUGGGUGUUGAACCCUUCUGAGAACUACAACCACUGGGCUGAGAGGAACAGGUUCAAUGUCAAUGACAAUCUAUAUUUCAAGUACCAGAAAGGGUCGGACUCAGUGCUCGUCGUGAACAAAGACGACUACUUCAACUGCAACACCCAAAACCCUAUUCAGAAACUCGACGGUGGCGACUCAGACUUCACCUUCGACAGGUCUGGAGCUUUCUAUUUCAUCAGUGGUCAAAAUGGUAAUUGUGCAAAGGGUCAGAAGCUUCUUAUUACUGUCCUCGCCCCGAGGCACCCCAAGCGACCAGUCCUCCCUCCUCCUCCUACUAGCCCCACCCCUACAGCUCCUGGCCCUAGCCCUAACACCCCUACAGCUCCCGCUCCUCCCGCCACGUCUCCUCAGCAGCCCUACCAGCCUCCUGCGGCAUCCCCACCACAAGGGCCAGGGCUACCACCAGCUGCAGGCCCAGUCUCUCCAUCACCCCCACCUGUGAUUACAAACCCUCCUCCAUCUGCAUCACCAGGCCCAUGGUCAUCACAACCGUCACCGUCGCCAUCAACCUCCCCGGUACCAGCUGCCGGCCCAGUCUCCCCAUCACCAUCACCUGCGAUUACAAACCCUCCUCCAGCUGCCUCACCAGGCCCAUGGUCAUCACAACCGUCACCAUCGCCGUCAACAUAUCCGGUGCCAGCUCCCUCAAUGACAACAUCUCCGGUGCCAGCUCCGUCGUCAGGCUAUACUCCAAGUACUUCUCCGCCCUCACCGCCCCCGGAGGGGCUCGCACCUACCCCUUCUGGCGUGCCUGAGGGGCCCACACCUACUCCGUCAAACGAGCCUGCGGGCCCCACACCUCCGGGAACUGUUACUUCUCCGCCGCCAGGGUCCGAGGAGUCGACUGCGCCGAAGCCGUCAAAUAAUGGAGCGUUACGUGGUGUAACGGCUCCUUCGAGUGUGUUGGUGUCUUUGGCUGUUCUUCUGAUCAGUGUGGCUCUCUCAUGAAACGGAUUUGUGCAGGGUUGAAAUAACGGGGGAAUAAAUAAAUAAAGUUAGUGCAAGGUGUUUUUUUUCAGUUUGAUGAUUUAUUAGGGGCUGUUUUGUUAAUUAGUUAAUUUUCUUUCAUUUUUCAUUUUAUAUCAUAGAACUCAAGAGGGAAUUGUUUCGUUCGGGAAUUAAUUCGAAUUUGUUUUCUAGUUAAAUCUGAGAUAUUAUUUUGGUUU